UCUCAGUAACUUGGGGGGUUUCGUAGUUUGCAAAUCUACAGAUAGAAUUCCUCGUAUGUUGAGAUGGAAGACACUUGAGCGAUCAGGGUGGGAUCUUGUUAACUGUCUAUUUGAAACUUCUCAGGAUGUUGUCACUCCUGUCUUGAUUCCAUCUGUUGAGGAAAAGCAAUCUGAUUGGUUUAAAGAAGUUAUGGAUUAUAUGGGAUACAUAGAAGAAUCUGAUGAUGAUCGUAUGCCUAUUCAAUCUAGUGAUGCAAUCCAAUCUCCUCACCCUACACGUCAAAGCAUACCUGUACAUAGUCUAGUAAGGUCUGAUUGGACUCCACCACCAGUUACUAGGUCGGAGCAUCAAUCCACACACCAAACAUCAAUGUCUCCUCGGCAGACUACAAGAAGAUCCCCUGGUGUUACACAUGCUGCAUCCACAUCUUCUACUGAUUUUGUUCGUAUUGAAGAAAUGCUACAUGGAUUCAUGGAAACAGUGGAAGAACGUUUUAGACAUUUUGAAGAGCGACAAACAUCAAUUGAAACAAAAGUUUCUGAUAUGCAACGUAUGUUUUUUGCCACCACCGGAGAUGAGGAUGAGUCAGCUGAGGUCAUUUUUGAGGUAGCCCAGGAUGAUGAUGUUUGUCCACCUGAUUAUUGUGAAAUAGCCACUGAGUGUAGACCAACUGAAACACCACUUCAACCUCGGUCGAAUACACGAAGGACAUUACGGGGAAGAAUUAUCAAGAAGGGACGAGCACUACUUAGCCCUUUUACUGAUCCUAUGAGACCACGCCGACCACGAGAGGGGAACCAACAAAUAAAUAUUGAUUUUGACCAAUGGUAUGAUAAUGCUGACAAUAAUGAUACAGCUUUGACUUAUUUGCAUGGCCCUUAUAAGAAGCUUGGCUGGUGGGACCACAUUUGCACUGAAAACAAGUGGUUAACGGAUGAGUGAUGUUACGUCAUUCGUAUCCCAAUGCUAAUUGGACAUGUGUUGAUACGUUUUGGGAUGGUUGGUUACCACGUAUUUUACAAGAUCGAGAAGUGGCUGAUGUUGACAACUUUCAAUGGCCUCGAGUAUUACUAGACCCUAUCGAAGGGAUCAGUCCACAGCUUCUACAAAGGGAAAGGGAUAUGAGAUACGUUGCAUGGGCGAUUGUUGACAAAGUGUACAUUCCUAUCAAUUAUGAUUGUCAACAUUGGGCAUGUGGGGAAAUUGAUCUCAAAGCGUGGACUUUUACCGUUUAUGACUCUUCAACUAGCUUCAUAUCUUCUACGGAUAAGUUCAUUAAUAUGAUGGCACGGUAUCAACAUCUUCCGGCUAUCAUUAAUGCCACUAGAUACUGGGAGAUUAGGGGUGAUAACCCUAACUUGGAUCCAUUCACGUUGAUGCGAUGUACUGAUGUUCCACAACAAGGCAAAGCCUCUGGUGAUUGUGGAGUAUUCACACUUUUGAUGAUAGAGUAUUUAGCGACUGGUCGAAAAUUUGACUAUACAUCCUCUGAUACUAUUCCUUUGCGUAGGAUGAUCGCGUCUAAGAUUUUUA